CAGAUGGACCAGAUCUCGGAGAUGAUUCUCGAAGUUGAGAACGGAACUAAAUAAACCGCAAAUAAUUUUAUGCCUGAAGUGAGACCUUUCUGCACCGAGUACCGACAAACAUCAAAAAUGCAGGGCGUGUCACUUCCGCCCGCCUUGCACAUAGGAACCGUUCUAUUUUUAAAACCAAUGUAAACGAUAGGCAUCUUCGAUCCGCCUAUCAUCAGGAAAAAAAUGAAAAUAUUUUGAGGCUAGAGUUCCGAUUAAAAUUGAAUGUAUGGACCAUAGCCAAUUAAACUUUUCCCAACUCCCUGCCAAGUGCAUCGAGGAAAUUGGCUCGUCAACGAGUUACAUCUCGUAUUUUUCCCACAAUUGUCUUUCCAUCAUGGGAACGAGGGCUGCAGCUUUUGCUGCAAAGAUUAGAAAUCUACACGACUACCAUCUACGGUUGCUGCACAAUGUCGUUCCUCUUCCAACGGGCACAGACGUUGCUAACACCAUUAAAUACUUUUCACAAACUUUGCUGACUGUAUUAAAAGACGUCCCUAGUUCACCGAUAGAAAUGCUCAAAUAUCCCGAUAAAGAUGCAGCAAGGUUGGCUUUGUAUCCAAACCUCGACUACAAGGGCCUUUACAAUGCGAUUGUGGAGUUGGUCGAUGUGGCACCUCUAAUGCUUUACGGCCUGCAGCCAUUUGGUGAAGCCUUGCUUCAGUGCUUGGGAUGUCUGAUGCCAUUUUUAGAUAGUGAUAUGAUUGAUUCUCUUCCCUAUUUGACAGCAUCGACCAUGUCGAUUCUUCCUUCUUCUCUUCACCAAGAAAUUGUUCAUUCCCUUUACUUUUACAUUCUUCCUUUUACGAUAACCAGAAUCACGCAUGAUGGAAAAGAAUGUUACGCCAGUCAAUCGGUAUCAGCAGUAUUGAUGAUGAUCUUUCAAUAUUCAGAAGAUAUGGCACACCAUUGCCAGAUUUUGGAAUGUUUAAUGAAAAUGAAACAAAACCUUGUAAAAGAUAUGCUUUGUGUUAUUGCACAUGGUACAUCAACUGCCAGAGCAUCAGCGGCCAAACUUUUAUUUUAUUAUUGGCCUACGUUUAAUUCAAGUUUGUUCGAAAGAAAAGCAAUCCCACCUAAAUUCACAAGUUGGGUCCCUUUCCUCUGCCAAAGAGACAUGUGUCCCAAUUCAGGAGCAGCAGAGGCAGCAAAAGUGUGUUAUGAUCAUUGUAUAUCAAUAACAUUUGCCACCGAUUCUCCGCCUCCUUUGUAUCUUUGUAUUGAGUGUGCUAAUGAAAUUCACAGAGAACAUCCAAACCAAAUGUUCUACGACAUUCUACAUCCUAUGCAGCAAUGUUCUGUCACUUGUGAAAAUAAGAAUUGCAGGUCAUCGGACAAAAGCAUAGUUUCGAUAUGUUUUACACCAGAAUGUGCAAGUUUCAAUGGAAAUCAUCCGAUACGCUAUUGUGCUCAGUGUGAUGCCAGCAGACACAAUAAAAAACGAGGUGGAGAUCACAUGCUGCAUACAUGCCUUCCAAAAGCAUGGACAAUGCCACCAGACAUGCUCGUUUAUUUAGUAGAAGCUAUUGUCAGUUUAUUGAAAGAAGCGAGGCCGACGACACCAGAAAUAUCAAAAGAUAUGACAGACAUACAGGCAAAAGCUACAAUGCUCAAUGCGAUAUGCGAUAAGGAUUCUUUGAGUACUGAAGAAAGACAGCUAAUGGGGAGAUUCGGUGUCUGGCUUUUAGUUGGGCUAUGUGUUCCGACAGAAAAUAUUUCCAGUGAAAUUCUAGGCCGGCUCUUAUCCAUGCUUUUCCACUGGUUUCACGUCACAGCUUAUACUUUUGAUGACCAAGCAGAAUGCACAUUAGAAAGAUUGAAGACUGACUAUGUUUGCGGCUGGUUAAACGAAGUGUGCCAGGCUCAUUUUGAUGUUUUCGUUUCUUGCCUUCUUCCACACCCACCCGAUUACGCCAGAGUUGGUGGACACUGGGACAUGCUUGUAACAAAAACCACACAUUUGAAGAAGGGGUUGAACAGGCUGUUUUGUCUUGUCCCUUAUGAAGUUAUAACGACAAACGUAUGGGAUUAUGUUAUGCCACACUGGCUAGAAGCCAUUGUAAGAGAUGUGCCUGAUAAAGAAUUAUGUGAACUGAAAAUGCUUUUGAGCAAAAUCUUAGAUCCUGACAUGAGCCCACUUGGAUUUGAUGCAAAAAAACUUUACCAUUUUGUUGCUGUGAGAUUUAAGAGGACAUCACCUAAAGUCCAAGAACAGGCACUUCGGUGGCUUCAGGUACUGACAGCUUUGGAAAUCAUGAUACCAACACAUCUUUUGUUCUCUUUCUUUGAAGACGGACUUGAAAGUAUGAAAGCGACAGACGAUAAAGAAGCAAAACGUUCAAGUGAAUUUUUAAAGGAUGAUAAACAGCCUAGAAGUAUAUCUCCAGUGGUAGAAGAUGAUUCAGGCCCUUGUUCGGCCCUUUCAGACGAUGAAGAACACGGCUCCAGAGUUUCUAAUUUAACUAAUGAUAUAGAUUUAAAAUUAUCCUGUUGUGUUUUGAUGCUAGACUUAGUAUUAAAGCAGCUUGAAAGGCAUGAGAUUGAAAAGCAUACUGGUAUCCACACUGUGAUAGCUCAGGACGUAUGUCGUCUUCUUCAGGUCAUGAUGCUCACAUCUUGGCUUGCGCCUCAUACUUGUGAAGACCAGACGAAAAACGACUGCAACCAAUGCGAACUUUCAGUCGCCUGGCAUCAGCUCGCUCUACAGUUAAUAGAGUACAUAGCUCAGGAAAACUUAGCACAUCCGCCAGAUCCGCCGCUCGAAGAGGUGCCUAUAGAGGAAUGCUGCCAUUCAAAAAAAAGCCCACCGGAGGGGGACAGAAAAUCGAAUGAUCCGAAGAGUGAUGUAGUGAUCAACAUGCCCUUGAUGGAAAUUCAUACAGUGGGAGGGGUACUUGUCAACAUGCCUCAUAUUAUGACAGCAACGGUUGAAACAGUAGUUGAACAACUGGACCUAGCGCCGAUCAUAAUGUCAGAAAAAGUUAUCCCUGCAAUAGCAAGGUCGGUCACCAUCACAGAUUCCGACGUCGCGACUGCCACUGCUCAUGUAGCGAAGCCGACGCUGGUCGGGGAAAAUGACGAGACUGUCGAGUCGGGUGAUGAAGACAUGGAAGACUUCUGGCAGACUUCGGUCGGAAAAUUCAGGUUCACAAUCGACGAGCUUCCACAACAGUUGCAGUACAUUCACCAACUUCUUAAAGAAAUUGCCAAAACUGAUGACCCCGAAGUACUUUACUACAUGUUAAAUUGUCUCUAUUUGAUGUGUUUGCAUGGUGAUGCAUUGUCCAAAGCUGUAAAACACCACAAAGGAUUUAUUAUCUGGUGCCAAGAAAAUCUACUGAUUAAAAAUUUGUGGGAGUUAUGCAAUGCUGAACAUUCUCAUAUUUGUGAAGUUUGCGUCCCAAUUUUACUCCAUUGUAUUACUCUCCCAUCCGGAUCUGAUGCAUUCUGGCGAGUCCUUCAAGAUGAAUUCCAUUCAACAGACUGGAGGAUAAGAUUUGUAGCAGUUGAAAGAGUGACUGUUAUUGUUCGCUUUAUGGAUUCAACACCGCUCAGGGCUAAUUUUGGGUUGCAAGGGGCCCUGACAAAUGCUUUUUGCUAUUUGAUUUCAAGUUUAGAUGAUUCUAAUGUUCAGGUGGCACAGCGUGCAACUCUAUAUCUUGGGACGAUUCAUGAUACAGCAAUCAAAAGUUUAAUAAUGUGUUUAGAGAGUCAAUUUGAUUCAGUGAUAGUCGAUAGACCGAUGGUACUUCAGUCUCUCUAUCAACUCCAUAAUUGUCUGAGCGAUCGCCACAUACUGACAUGGGAAUUUUUUCUAAACAGAUUUGACACUCUGUUUCUAGAAGCGCAGAUCAAUUUGGAAAAAACGGGAGAUAUUACAUAUUUACGAGAUUUGAGAAAUACAGAUCUGAUGAGUGAAACGUUUAUGCGAAAACUGCAAAGAGCCCAAGAAGCAUUGUCCCAAUCCGAUUCGAGUUCAGUUAAGACUCUAAGCGCAAGUUUUGGCUCGAAAUGGCCCUACAAAAGAACAAUGUCCGCACCAGCGACUAUGGUGCCCCGUCAGGAUACUAAACAAGAAAAGGAAAAGGUCUACAGCAGGCAAUACUCGGCCCCGAUAUUGAAAAGGAAAACUUCUAGAUUUGGACUGGGUCAGUUGAUAGGUUCUAUGCCACCAAAUAACACAGUGGUUCCGCCAGAUGGGCAUAUACACGCUAUGAACCCUGGAGACGAUGUCAACCUCGCCGGCCUUUUGCAUAGGGUUUUGGAUUUAGAAGAAGCUGACAAAGAGACAAUGCAUCUUCUCAUAUUUUUAUUCUUACAAUUUUUAUCACGGCCAGAACAGGCAUAUCCUUCUGAUGAAAAGAUUCUUGCUAAGACUCAAAGCGUUGUAUUAAAACAUCUUUAUUUAUUACUGGGAUAUAAUCAAAAUGAAAAAGGCUUUCACAUACCACCAAAUAAACUAAGAUCUUGUGGGGUGUUUAAUGUGUUUAUAUACAAUUUACCGCAAGUUCUUGAUCAAAAUCAUCUGAUGGGCGGACUCUUGAUGAAUACAUGUUUGCUGCUUCUCCAUUAUUGCCCUUGCCCGCCGCAUUAUUCGCCAGACUGUCAAACCGUGCCAACUUACAGCCUGUGGUACUUAGAGCCCCAUGUUAGGAGAUCCUGGCUAAUGUCAACACUUGUCUUUCUUUACAAAUAUCAAUACAGCCAGCCACCGCAAAGUACCCAAGUGCAGAGCUUGGUAAGAAUUGUUCUGAACUCACUAGAUGCCCAGCAUCAUGUCUGUAAGCGAAUACCGACCACGUUAGUAAUUAAUGUUUCUACCCGCUCAAGAGAUGUAAGUCAACCUUCUUUGGGUGUUGACGGUGAUCACAAUGAGCGUUAUGAAACUCCGCCAUUGUCACCAAUGUAUUCUGGAGGGAAUGGAUCCCAUGUUAGCAGCAUAAAGACUAAAGGAUGUGGUAGUCUGUAUCAAAAAGCACCAGGAUCAAUGGAAACCCACUGGGAGGAGGAUAUAAACGAGGGUGAGGGGAAACUAAGCACUCGCCGGUUUCCAGAGUACAGUUACUCAACUGAAGCGGAAGAAACGGAAUCUGAGAUUGCAGCAAUUCCAGAGAGCUACAAAUCCGAUAGUACAGUUCAUGGCAGUUCUCAUGGUUCCUUUGAAGAAGUUUUGGAAGAUGUUGAAAAAAAACGAGGCGAAAAAUUCCAACGUCCAGUUUGGUUGUGCAGCACAGAAAACCAAAUAUCUCAGCAUGAGCACAGAGACAACUUGGUGCAAAAAUUAGGGUUGAAGGAAGGCAUGAAAAUGUUAGUGUCGUCAUCAAUAUUCCCUGUGAGUGCACAACAUUCAGAAGUACCACACCUGGCGGUAGCAACUGUGACAAAUCCCCUUGUCGUUCAAGACCCAGGAAUUGCUCCAAAUAGCAAACCUGAAAUCAGUCUUCAGCACACAAUGUCAACAUCUACAUCAUCAUCAACUCCAACACCGACACCUUCCACUUACCCACCUUGGCAAAUGGAACAACCUUUUAAACAUCUAGCCACACAGCACGGUCAGGAGCGCCUAUUGCCAAUUGGUGCUAGUAGACAAGUGCCUAAACCAUUACCAAAAUCACCGAGGACUGAAGGGUAUGGUGCUUAUGGAUCACCAGAUUCUCCUCUAUCAAAAAUGGAUAUCAUUACCGUUGGCUCUCCAGUUGAAUUGGACACCGAAAACAGCUCGUUUUUUGAUUCGACAUCUCACAGCAGCGUAACUCAACUCGAAAUUCCCCAGCAAGAACGUCUUUUGCCAAUUGGAGCGCCUCAUACCAUGGCUAAUCUUGUCCAGCAUGUCAGACAAGUGUUGGGCGUACAUGAUAACAAACAAAUUGACCAUCUAAGCUCGUUACGGACACCCACAGAGGUGGAUUCUCUUUCAUUGUCACCAGUCUCAAAACAAGACAGUUUUGAAAGAAGUGAUCUUCAAGCAUCUCAUGCAAGCCGAACUACAAGUCCUAGGCGAUUAUGUAAACAAGUCGCCUUAGAAUCGCCUCCACCCCAGCUUACUUCUGAUACGGACCACGUAUUCUAUAGAAAGCCAGUUCCCAACGCAGAGAACACACAAAUAGGUGAAAACAAGGAAAAUAUCCGCAAAUCAAAAAAUAAAAGAGGAGGGCCUUUUUCAUUAACGCCGCAUACAAGUGCUGAUCAUGAGCAUAGAGGUGGAACUUGGUAUGGGGUACAUGCACCCAUGGAUACGGCAGCACAACAGGCUUGUCAUGCUUCUUUUGACUUAAAACAAAGUGACUACAGAGUAGGAGAUGAAUGUGUUUAUGAAAGAUGCGGAGAAUGUGGAACAAUCAAAGAAGAAUACAGCGAUGAUGAAUUGGGACUGUGUAUUGUUAUAUUGGGAACUUUCAUUCACCGUGAACCAGCGCUUGCAGCACCGCUUCUCCCCGAAAUUUUAACGACUGUUACCAAGCUAGCUCUCACACCUACAUACGCUUGGCAAAAUGAAAGCAGCACAUACCUUCCUGGAGGAGCAAUCAGCGUUGCUCAUCAAUUUUUAAGAUGUGUUCUACACCAGCUAGCACCAAACGGUGUAUUCUUGCAAAUGUUCCAAACAAAUAUGAACGAAACAAACAGAAUGCAGUUUUUCAGGAGUGUGGCGCAAGCGUUACUCGAUUUUAAUGAACUAAACCCAAUCGCCCCUUUGCAGCUAUUGCUUGAAAGUUUAAAUUCGAAGAAAACACUUCCAGACACUCUGCCAGUUAUUCUGCACAAUGUUGCUUGUUAUUUGGACUGUCUUCCGUUAGAAGCAGGCCUCGGGCCCGGAACUGGGCCUUGGUCUUCAUUAAUUGGGCUGAUCGAUGUCCUUUUUCGCAGGCUUUCUCUACAACUGCAAAUUGUGUCUCCUUUGCCAUUGCUAAGGAUUAUGCUAUCAACCCUAAGAGUCCCUGGAAUAACAACUUGCAAAAGUAUUUUGGAUCCAUUUUCAAAGGUGCUGAGUUUCAGCUUACAGAACCUUGUAUUAAAAUAUCAAUAUUUGGUGGAUUUAUGUUACCUGUGUAAUCGAGCAUUUUCAAGAGAAAGAGAAAAACAAGCUUUGACGAGAACAGUAGUUUUUGAAUUGGUGCAAGCAUUAAAGUUCAAAACGAACAUCCCUGAAUCGAAUUUUUUGUUACUGAUCAACUUCGUACUGCAGGAUGCCGGGGGAAGAUUGCCUCCAACUGUUGCCUUCGGUGAUGUUAACAAUCCGAAUCCUGACACGGCACCAGUUUUUAACACAUUCGCCGCUGAAGUCAUGAGGCAGCAUCUCACAGACGCACUGGAUUUUCUUGCAGACAUUCAUACAAUAACAAAACUGAAAAUGGCUAUUGAUAAAAUAAAGAGCAAAGGAAUGAGCUUGGGGCUGAGUGAAGACACUUUUGGAGGCACUUUGAAAAGUGGGAUUGCACAGUUUGUGGCUCUCGAAAUGACAAGAGGAGGCAGUAGCCGAGACAACAGAUCUGUGUCCAGAUAUUUACCAUGGUUGUACAACGCACCGCCGACUAUUCAACAAGGCUCAAGGGAAUUCUUGGAGUGUGUUGCCCACGUGAGGCUUCUAUCAUGGCUUUUGAUCGGUGCGCUUACUCAUACGGCACUUCACACAAGCCCUUGUCUACCCGUACCACAGGAAGCGACAUGCCAUAUUGCCGAUCAUGUUCAAGUUAUAAUAACAGGUUUUGCCGAACAGUCAAAACAAUCUACAUUGUCCGUUGUACACAUGUCAUCACUGUUUCAUGUAUUUGUACUUUGUCAGCUAUGGACUGUUUAUUUAGAGCAAGGUGCCGCCAGCAAUCUACCCAGUAGCGAUGCGCAUUCAGUGACUAUGAGCAUAUUGUUCGAUUUCUGGGGAAAAGUCACUCCAAGUAUUUUACAACUUGUUUCAAACACAAAACUUGCUGAAAUGGUUAACACCCACUUCCUCGGUCUACUUGAAGCACUUUUGGAAUGCAAAUCGGCAGUUUUAAAUAAACUUAUGCCUGUUUGGAGCCCUGUAUUAUAUUCACAACAAAUUCCGCUUCCUGGUCAGAUACAAAUGAGACUGCAGAACUGUAACAAUUUUGCCCCUUCGACCCCACUCACCGGAUCACAAAAUACUAUCAACCCCCCUUGUGAGGAUACAGUACUCCUGCGAUGGCUCCAAAGACUCCAAUUUAAAAUGGGACAGACUGAACUUCAGUCUUCUGCGGCCACUCAGCUUUAUUCUGCUUAGAAAUAUAAUUAAUUAAAGCUAUUAUGCCAUGUGUCUGAAUAAAAUGUCAAUGAACUGUACUUUAUCAAAUCUUCCCGUAUUCCAAUCGAAUGGAAAAGGCACGAAAACCAGGUACUAUCUGACAAUUUUUUUAAAUUUAUUUUUUAUAUUUUUUGUACAUAAACAUUAAUGACUAAAAUACCAUUAAUGGGUUCAUUC